AUGGCUUGGACUUUUGAGUUCAAGGAGUUCCCUGUCACUAGAAUGAUGGCUGAAAAAGGGUUGCUCUUACGAGAACUACGAGAUGGCAUGACACGAAGGUGGAUCGUGGUCGAGGACUUGUCCGAGGCUAUGAUCCUGCGCAAGGCUCUCGGUAUGACUGAUCGGGCGCGCGCUGAGGGUUUAUGA